AUGAGCGAAAGCGGUUCAGUCGAAAGUGUUUCGGAAAACAGGGUGAAGAAUUGGUUGGCAAAUCCGAGCGAGUAUCAAGCGUACUCUUUAGAUCCGGAAGUUGAUGUUCGAUCCGAUGCUAACAGACGUUCUACCAGUGUACAACAGAGAGGUUCACUAAGUGCGCAGAUUGACAGCAACCAUUCGACACUGUCAGAACCUAAUCCUCCGGAACCGUUCCCAGAGCCAGAUCGUCGGUCACGAUUCGCUCCCAACCAGGAGUAUUUAAGUGGAUUAAAUUAUCCGCAAGCUAAGCAACGAAACCAACCACAUUCUUCAACUAUGCGGGCCAGUGGCAUUUACGAUCACGAGCAAGAUUAUUGGAAUCCAUUUUCGAUUUCCCGAAAUCACCUAGCCGCUCGUCAAGCUAUUUCGAAGGAUCUGCCAACGUUCUCUGGGAACCCCGAAGAAUGGCCUCUCUUUUUGUCAACCUUUAACAGUACGACAGCAAUGUGUGGUUUCACUAAUGAAGAAAACAUCGUCCGUUUGCAACGGAGUCUGAAGGGCCGUGCUUAUGAGGCAGUCAAGUGCAGACUAAUGCACCCGUCCAACGUAAACGGGGUGCUCUCAACACUCAAGAUGUUGUUUGGACAACCGGAAGUGAUUGUAAAUUCGAUGAUAUCAAAGAUUGCCGCUCUACCUGCGUUGAAAGAGGAUAAAUUAGAAACUCUUGUGGACUUCGCCGUCAGUGUAGAAAAUUUUUGUGCGACAGUGGAUGCGUGCGGGCUUGAAGAAUACUUUUAUAACGUAACUUUUCUUCAUCAACUCGUCAGUAAGCUGCCAUCGUCAAUAAAGCUCAACUGGGCACAAUACAGGCAAUCACUUCCGACGGUCAAUCUGCCAUCCUUCAGCAACUGGCUGUACUCUUUGGCAGAAGCCGCUAGCGCUGUCACCUUCCCAAGCAUCGCUUUCGAAGACAAGCCAGCUCGAAGUGAGUCACGUACUACUAGGAAAGGGAAUUCAUACGUUAACGCACAUUCUCAGGAACCCCCUGUGUAUCAUCGGUCGACAGGGCCAUCCAACGCGAAGGUGGUAGCCGACUGCUGCCCAGUAUGCAAGGGAAACUGCAAAUCGAUCGCCAAAUGUAAGCGUUUCUUAGAGUUUUCUCGUGAUUCACGCUGGGCAACCGUUCGAGACUUAGGGCUUUGUCGCAGAUGUCUACGUCAACACAAAGGAGGUUGUCAAGCCAAGUUAUGCGGAAGAAAUGGUUGCCAGCUCAAACACCACGAAAUUCUGCACAAUGACCAGAAGUGUGCACCAUCGACUUCGACCGCCACUGCGAGUGUCAUAAACACAACUUUAUCAACUCCACGCAACGAUUCUUCUCCACCAAAAUCUAGUUCAUCUGAGCACGGAUGCCAUGCACAUCAGGUCCCCUCUAGUAAGGUUUUGUUCCGAUACAUACCAGUCGUGCUUCAUGGGAAGCAUAGGUCGAUUCAAACGUUCGCCUUCCUGGAUGACGGAUCGGAACUCACAUUACUCGACAGCGAAUUGGCAGAUGAGUUGCAGCUUGAAGGGGAAACAAUGCCGUUAUGCUUACUUUGGACGAGCGGAACGAAACGUCGUGAAGAAUGUUCGAGGGACGUUAGGCUAGAAGUGGCCGCAGAACGCAACCGUUCUAGGAAGUACAGUCUGAAUGGGGUACGUACUGUGAAGGAGCUGCUUCUUCCACCACAAACACUAAACAUGGAAGAACUAUGUGAACAGUAUCCACAUCUCAGGGAUCUGCCGAUCACAUCAUAUCAAAAUGUUCGCCCAAGGAUUAUGAUCGGAAUCAAGGAUCAACACCUGAGUUUAGUUCAGAAGAGUCGCGAAGGAGCCCUACACCAGCCCGUCGCUGUGAAAACUCGUCUGGGAUGGACAGUGUGCGGAGGAAAUCUAGAAAAUACUGCAGACCUCGUUCACCCAGUUUUCCACGUAUGCGAUCACGAAUCUUCGUCAGAACUGGACCUACACAAAGCAAUGAAGGAGUAUUUUACAAUAGAAGAAGAGCGCGCUCAAUCCCUGCUUCAAACCCACACGGUGUUCAAGGGAAACCGAUACGAAACCGGCCUCUUGUGGCACUACGAGAAUGUUCGUCUGCCAGAUAACCACUUCAUGGCUUUGCGACGUCUGCAGUGCCUCAAAAAGCGAAUGGACAAGGACCCAAGACUUGCUGAAGCUCUGAACCAGAAAAUCACAGACCUUGCUACAAAGGGAUACACUAGGAAGCUCACAAAUGAAGAGCUGAAUCAAUCGUUUUCACGUGUUUGGUAUUUGCCGAUAUUUCCGGUUACAAAUAUCAACAAACCUGGAAAAAUUCGGAUGGUAUGGGAUGCGGCCGCAUUUGCCCACGGAGUAUCCCUUAAUUCAGUCUUGUUGAAGGGCCCUGAUCAACUUUGUGAUCUGUUCAACAUACUGGUUCGAUUCCGUGAAGGCCGGAUCGCCCUCACUGGUGACGUUCGGGAUAUGUUCCUGCAAAUACGCAUGCGAUCCGAAGAUCAACAAUGCCAACGUUUCCUCUGGUACGAUGAAAGUGGAAACAUCGUCGUCUACGUUCUUCAGGUGAUGACGUUUGGAGCUUGCUGCUCUCCUAGCAGUGCUCAGUUUGUGAAAAAUCUCAAUGCUGAACGCUUCAAAGCAGAAUACCCAGCGGCAGUCGAAGUGAUCCAGAAGCGCCACUACGUCGACGAUACGUUGGUCAGCGUUGCGACACCACAAGAGGCGAUCAAGCUUGCGCGUCAAGUGAAACAAGUACAUGCUGAGGGCGAAUUCGAGAUCCGCAAUUGGAUAAGCAACUCAAAACAGGUCAUGCAGGCAUUGAAAGAGGAACGAACAGAGGAAAAGAACCUCGAUCUGUCGCCAGAACUAUCUACAGAAAAAGUGCUUGGGAUGUGGUGGUGCACUAGCUCGGACACAUUCACCUACAAAGUCGGAUGGAAUCGCUACGGUCGAGCGUUGUUAGGAGGUCAACUGCGUCCGACGAAAAGACAAAUGCUGCGCGUUCUGAUGUCCAUGUUUGAUCCACUUGGAUUGAUAGCCCAUUUUCUCAUGUACCUGAAAGUUCUUCUUCAAGAUGUUUGGCGCUCAGGGAUCGACUGGGACGACCAAAUAAAUGAUGCUCUCUUCGAGAAAUGGCAAACGUGGCUUCAAGUUCUCCCAGAAGUCGAACGAAUCAGCAUUCCGCGGUGCUUUUUAAGCCAGACCACUUCUGCUGGUUAUGAUGUCCAGCUGCAAACGUUCGUAGACGCAGGAGAUAACGGAAUUGCUGCAGCCUGCUACCUACGUUUUGCUCAACACGGCUUCGUUGAAUGCAGAUUAGUUGCCGCUAAGACUAGAGUUGCACCAUUGAAAUACCUUUCAACUCCUAAACUAGAGCUUCAAGCAGCAUUAAUUCACAGGACUUGCUUUGCUGGAUCCAAUCAGACCAUCGCCGUUAUUCGCCGUUAUUCGCCGUUUGUUGCAGUUCGAGUAAGCGAGAUCCUUGAAGCGACUGAGAUGAGUGAAUGGAGGUACGUCCCCACAGAAUUCAACGUGGCAGAUGAUGGGACAAAAUGGAACGGAGUUCCGGAUCUGACGGAUCAAUCAAGGUGGUUCAACAGUCCAAAAUUUGUGUAUCUGUCGGAGGAAUACUGGCCACAUCCAUUUAAGAGGCUGAAAACUACAGAGCUAGAACUGCACCCGAGCGUGUUAGCACAUUUCGUCGCAGGUGAGCCACCGAUACAAGUGAAAGAUUUCUCUACCUGGAAUCGGUUAGUUAAGGUCGUCGCUUUGGUUAAACGAUUUCCGAAUAACUGCAAACUGAAGCACCAGAAGAAACCGAUCGUCAGUGGACCUCUCUCUAAUAAAGAAUUAUUAUCUGCCACAUCUUACAUAAUUCGCCAAGCACAACAGGAAUCAUAUCCUGAUGAAAUGGCGUUGCUUCAACAUACGCAGAAGAAUCCGGAACAAUUUCCAACACCGAUUCCUAAGACAAGUCCAAUUCAUCAAAAAUCACCAUGGCUGGACCAGUACGCGAUAUUGAGGAUGCGCGGGCGCAUCGCUGCCUGUGACUACGCUACCGAAGAUGCAAAGCACCCGAUAAUACUUUCCCGUGACCAUCAUACCACCAAAUUGAUUAUUGCACACUACCACCGAAAGUACCACCAUCAGAAUCCUGAGACCGUAAUCAACGAAAUUCGACAGAAAUACAGCAUUCCAAAACUUCGCAUGGCAUACGCCAAGGUAAGAAAAGAAUGCCAGCACUGUAUGAAUGACCGAAUCGCUCCACGAGUGCCAAUCAUGGCCGAUCUGCCAGCCGCACGACUGGAUGCCUUCACACGCCCCUUUACGCACGUCGGCGUUGAUUAUUUCGGGCCGUACGAGAUUGUUAUUGGUCGACGGACAGAGAAGCGUUGGGGAAUGCUCGCCACCUGCCUCACAGUUCGUACGAUCCACAUCGAGGUUGUCAGCUCGCUCAACACAGAUUCGUGCAUCAUGGCUCUCCGAAAUUUUGUCUCACGGAGGGGUAAGCCAAGAGUUUUCUACAGCGACCGCGGGACCAAUUUUAUCGGCGCAAGGCGUGUUAUCAAGGAAGCAGAGGAUAUUAUUAACCAAGAAGACCUGAUGAAAGAGUUUUGCGAUGUCGAAACCAGUUGGGUGUUCUUGCCACCCUCUGCACCGCAUAUGGGUGGUAGCUGGGAGCGCUUGAUCGGAUGCGUCUAG